AAUAUUUAUAUUCUAAUAUUCAAGAUAUAUUUGAUAUUAGUUAUAAUAUACAAAAACUUAAUUGGAUAAAUAAUAAUAUUGAUUUUGAAAAUCAAGAUCAAAUUGAAUUACUUACAAUUUAUAUAUAUGAUGAUACUAUAAAUGAGCGUAAAAAAGAAAGAUCAAUGAAAAAUCUUAAAAUAAUUGGAGUAUAA